AUUCUCUUCGAGAAAGGAUUUCGACCAUUCGGUGGGCCAACGUUUUAGCAACUAACCCUUGGGCCCUUAUCAUGAUCUUUACCGGUGUCGUUAACGACGGAGAAGAUAAUCCAAGUCGCGAAGCCGCGGCAAAAAACGUCUACCUUCGUUGUUUCGUUUGGUGGAGAGAUUGGUCAAAACUCGAACCGGGUGAUGCAGACAGGAACUACCCAGAUCAAGAAACCUUGCAUUGGUUACUACCAACGACUCGCCUUCGAUUGGUGAGCAGGGGAUUUUGCGAUAACUGCGCUUCCAUUUGCAGUGUCUUGGUACAGAUCGAGAACAAGUAGCGUCGUCCGGAGCUCUAUCUUGGAUCGGCUUCCAUUCUUUGGAACGCCGAUAUAGCAUCUUUGUGUGGAUACCCAGAACAAUAUAAGCGAAGAUUUUCCCGGAAAAGUGGAGACGCUUCCGGGAAAGUAUCCAUCUGGGUUCAGGUCAACUGGUCAACUGAGGUGAUUCCAUUUGAAAAGGGUCAUUUUCGGUUCAAAAGAAGGGGAAGUUUGGCCGCUGUUAUGGUGGAGCGAGAUGAUGUUUUGGCCCCUGGAGAGGAGGAGGAAGUGGAGGCUAUGGAGGAGGAACCAGAAGUACCCGAGCAGAGGGCGCGCGGCUGCUUCGGUGCCCCUAUCCAGUGGCUGAGAAUGCUGGCGGCGGAGAUGCAUUGGAGCUUCGUGUUGGGGGUGGUGUUCGUGUACGGCAUAAGCCAGGGGCUAGGCGGUGCUCUGUCCCGGGUUGCGACGGAGUACUACAUGAAGGAUGUCCAGAAAGUUCAGCCAUCGGAGGCUCAGAUUUAUUCUGGGAUCAUGAAAAUUCCUUGGAUCAUCAAGCCGCUUUGGGGGCUUCUGACCGAUGUUGUCCCGGUCGGCGGGUACCGGAGGCGCCCCUAUUUUGUUUGCGCAGGUUUUCUCAGUGUAUUCUCCAUGUUCGUGCUGUCAUUCUACAAGGUGCACCUUGUUCUUGCCCUAGUGCUAUUGACAGCAGGAAGUGCAGGUGUUGCGAUAGCAGAUGUCACCAUUGAUGCUUGUGUGGCACAAAACAGCAUCAGCCAUCCCUCUCUGGCAGCUGACAUGCAAAGCCUGUGUGCUUUGAGUGCUUCGAUUGGAGGACUUGUGGGUUUUGUCAUUAGCGGUAUCCUUGUUCACCUAAUUGGUCCAAUGGGGGUAUAUGGUCUUCUGACCGUACCGGCUGGCCUUGUGCUUUUACUGGGAUUCAUACUCGAUGAGCCUCAUUUACCAAAUUUUGAUUACAGACAGGUCAACCGGAAGUUCUUUUAUGCUGGGAAGGCAAUGUGUACGACUUUGAAAAUUCCAGCUGUUUGGAGACCAUGCUUGUACAUGUAUACAUCGCUUACAUUGAGCUUGAAUAUUUUCGAUGGGAUGUUCUAUUGGUACACCGAUGCAAAGGGAGGUCCAUUGCUCUCUAAGGAGGCUGUCGGUUAUUUGUUCUCAAUUGGCUCAGUUGGCUCACUCCUUGGAGCACUACUAUACCAGCACAGUCUUAGGGAUCAUCCGUUCCGAGACUUGCUGUUUUGGACCCAGUUGUGCUUUGGUCUAUCAGGAAUGCUAGACCUAGUCCUGGUUCUGCGACUGAACUUGAAGGUCGGCAUGCCGGACUAUUUCUUCGCCGUGAUCGAUGAGUGGGUGUCCCAGAUGAUCUCAAGACUGAAGUGGAUGCCUCUGCUUGUACUCAGUUCGAAGCUGUGCCCCUCCGGCAUAGAAGGGACUUUUUUCGCCCUGCUCAUGUCAAUCGACAAUGUCGGAAUUCUCUCGUCAUCAUGGGGAGGGGGAUUUCUACUUCACUUACUUAGGGUUACCCGGACCCAAUUCGAAAAUUUGUGGUUGGCUGUCUUGAUACGAAACAUACUACGCAUUUCUCCUCUCUGUCUGCUGUUCCUGAUUCCGAGAGGCGAUCCGAAGUCUACCAUUCUUCCGAGCGAAGUACUGGCGUCUGAAGAGGACGCGGAAGCUCUGGAACCCGAGAAAAUUGAAUUGGUUUCCCUUGUUAAAAGCACUGAUAAUAGAAGAUGAUUUUAGAGUGGGGGCAUUGGAAUCAGUCACUUGCCAUUCCUUAGAAGAGGACAUCGAGAGAAAAACUAAGUUAAAACGUCUCCACGGAUACAAAGGGACUGGGCAAGGAAGUUCUUGUUGUAUAUUGAUUCUUGACUGUACUUUACAUCACAACAGGUUACAUUUGGAUAGACAUUUGUGUGUUCUCAUUGUGGGUGUACUCACGGGAGCAGCCAAUCAAUGGAAAGAGCAAAUAUUUUCGAAGGUUGUGUUUGUUU